AUUUUGUGAAAAUUUCUACAGAUGUUAUCUUGCCUAAUGUGUGCUAGAACUUCACAUCAUAAAACCACAGAAGCAAAUGCUCCAUUUAGCUAGCCUAUAAGAACUCAACACCUACUAUCAGAUUUCCUUUAGACCAAAAGUCUGUCCCCAUUUUACAUCCGAGUUCCGAGUGAAUGUCUUCAAGUCCAGGUCACCACCAAGAUGGAUAGGCUGUGUAUUCUUUGCAUACUUUUCUUAGGAUUUAAUGAUAUCGGUCAAUUUCAAACCUAUGAACCAACACUGGAGUUCACAGUUACACCUGGAAACAACGUCACUCUCUACUGUGACUGUACGAGAUCCAGUGGAGUAUACAUUCAGUGGUACAGGAACUGUUCUCAUGGAAAUCAGCCUUUGUUGGUUCUGAACACAAUGUUCCCAAAUCAGGGAUCAUCAGUGUUGACCAUAGAUGACAGCUUUGACUUUUUGAAUCCUCUCCCUCGCUUUCAUUUGGUGGAAAACCAGUCCUCUAACUCCUAUGAUCUGAUGAUUGUAAACAUCACGCGUUCUGACGAGGGAUUGUAUUACUGUGGAACCGUAACAGGAUCUGAAAAAUACAUUCGCAGCAGUGUUACAACUAGGAUCAAGCUAUGUGAAACCCAUAACCAACUCAAUUCACAAGACUGCAUUAAGUGCUGGACAUUGUUGUACUGCCUUUGUCCAGCUUGUGCAGUUUUCUCCUCCCUUCUCUCCGCGCUUCUGGUUUAUCACCUCAGUAGGAAAACAGUAUUUGGGUUUGAUAGUGACACCGCUAAAAGACAGCACAUUAAUGAGGAAAGGCCUGAAACAAGAAGUCACACAAGGAUAAAUGAGGAUGAAGAUGUGUGUUAUGCAGCACUGGACGUCCGUCAGAUGUCACAAAAAUCAAGGAAGAGAACUCAGAGUUCAGAAUUCGGUAUUUAUUCUGACAUCAACACCAGCAGGAUGUGAAGCCUGUUUUCUUACAAAUGUGCAAGUAACUGUAUUGCAUUUUGCUAUUUAGCUUCCCCUUGUAAAAAGCAACAACACUGAACAAGACACAAAGCUGUGAUCUAUUUGUCAAAAUUUAUACCAAUAUAUUUAGCUAGGCACAGUCAAUAAACCUUAGCCUGAAAUCAAAGUACAGUACAUAUUUAAACAUAUACCAUAGUAAAAUAACCACACAAUAUACAAUUACAUUUAGGUCACAAAUCUAAGCAUAACUAUGUAACCACUGAUCAGUUGUGUUUUUAUAAAUGGCAAUGAUGACAUGAUCUCA